AGUUAUGUUUAUAAUAAUUAGACCACUUAUAUAUGGACGGUGGACUGUGUUAUUUCAGUACAUAAAAAUAUUUAUUUUCGGUAUUUCCAACAUGCAUUGAAAGUGUGUCCUUUUCCGCAGGUUUACAGCAUUCUGCAGAACGGAUACAAGAUUUUCAUUAAUAUGGAAUACGCUGCGAACGGUGACCUUUUUACAUACCUCCAUAGUAAGACCCUGGAAGAGACCCAAAUCCGUUCGUGGAUAAUGCAAAUCUUAUACGCGUUCAUAUAUAUGCAUCGGAUGGGCGUUGUCCAUAGGGACCUGAAGUGCGAAAAUAUACUACUCACCGACAAUUACAACGUGCGGAUCGCCGACUUCGGGUUCGCCAGGUUCAUUGACCGAGGACGUAAUCCUGGCGCGGACACGCCAUGCGGCACGCUCACCUACUUAUCUCCCGAGCUGUUAGCAGGACAAAAACCCUAUAACCCAGUGCUCGUAGAUGUUUGGGCAAUAGGUGUCGUGCUGUUUGUUAUGGCGAACAACUCAGAACCAUUCAGAGACAAGAAUAUAAAAGAAAUACAAAAGAAACAGAUGGCUAAAAAAUAUUCGUUCCGGAGGUCAAAUAUGCGAAGCAGAGGACUGAAAGAGCUGAUUGCAACAUUCCUGGAGCCAAACUGCAAUAAGCGAACAAAAUUAAAGGAUGCUUUGCAACAUCCCUGGAUCAAACAAGUCUAUAUCCAAAUGCCCGAGGAUGUGGUCGAGGCAAACAGUUCAAAUAGACCCAUUUUGAACAGCAAGCCUGUAAUCUCGCUGCAAUCAUUAAGAGUACCCGGAUUUCGUUACCAGUUAGCAGCAUACGCAAAAACGGAUAGCAUUAUUAACGAAGGGUUUGCCACAUUAAAGAAAAAAUAAUUUUUAUUAGUUUUGUGAUAACAUUUUGUUAGAUAGGGUGUUACACAUUAUGCAUAUACAUUACCUUUAAUAAGUAAAUUAUUGAUAAACGUGACUCUUUAAAAAGGUUAAAUAGUUUUCUAGAAAUGAUAUAAAGUUUUCGUAAAAUCCUAAAAUUAUUAAAUGCUGAUAAGCAUUACAAAUUGCGCUUAACAGUUAACAAUUAAAACAAUUGGUUUAUUCAGAAAUUUACAUUUUUCCC